GCAGAUUACGCGACCGAUGGUGCUUAUAGGUUUUUUUUAUAGCUAUAAUUCAUUUGACAUUUUUAUUAAACAAAACCUGAAGUACCAUGCACAAGGUGAUAAGACAAAUGGCGCAGCUAACGCUGCAGACGCCGCUGCUGGCAACCGCCCCCGCCACCAGCGUCGCCAAAUUGUUAGCAAUGCCACCUGCGAUCACGCAAAACGUUUACUGUUGCGGCGUGCACACGGCUUCGACGGGCGGGCUGUGCGCCAAAUGGAACAAACACAAUUACGGGCCGCGCAAAUGGCUGGAGUAUAACAAAACGGUGCAUCCGCCACAGGAGUCGGAUGAGGAGCCACGCAAGGCGUAUGUGUGCCACAUGCGCACCAACAUCAAAUACAGUCCGGACAAGAUGUGGUAUAUAGCGGCCUUUGUGCGCGGCAUGUCCGUGGAUGAGGCGCUCAAGCAGCUGAAUUUUGUGCUCAAGAAAGGCGCCACAGAUGUCAAGGAGACGAUACUGGAGGCUCAGCAAAUGGCCGUUGAGCGGCACAACGUGGAGUACAAAAGCAACUUGUGGAUUGCUGAAUCCUUUGUGGGCAAAGGACGUGUCUUUAAGGGUAUGCGUCGGCAUGCCCGCGGUCGCUUCGGGCGCGUUGAGUACAAGCACUGUCACUACUUUCUGCGCCUAGAGGAGGGCGAACCUCCACAGCAUUAUUAUCUGCCCGAGCCACAGACGCCGCAACAGCAAUUGGAGCAAUGGCUGGAGCAGAUGCGCAGCCGCAAGGUCAUCAGUUCGUUGUAGAAUCCACCGCAUACACCCUUACACAGCAUCUUUCACGUGCAGCGCAUUUGUUAAUGUUAUCAAAAACGUUAUUUUUAAAUAAAACCCAAACUGAAACAUCAA